CCCUCGGUAGCUCGGGUGACAACGACUUUUGACGUCAUCAAAAGGCGCCUCGGUCUGCUUCUACGACUACUCGCUCUGGUCUCUACAUCCAGGUGCAGGCUGCUUUCAAAUGGUAUUUGUAAAUAACAAAGGACUUUAAAAUGCCUAUGAAAGGAAGGUUUCCGAUCAGGAGGACUCUGGAAUAUCUCCAUAAAGGCGACAUCAUCUUCAAAAACAGAGUGAAGAUCAUGACGGUCAAUUACAACACACAUGGAGAACUUAGCGACGGAGCAAGAAAGUUUGUGUUCUUCAAUAUUCCUCAGAUUCAGUACAAAAACCAGUGGCUUCAAAUAAUGAUGUUCAAAAAUAUGACACCAUCACCAUUCUUGAAGUUCUACCUGGACGAUGGGGAGCAAGUUCUAGUAGAUGUGGAAGGGAAGGACCACAAACAAAUUUCACAACAUGUCAAGAAGAUUUUGGGCAAAUCAGAAGAAGUGUUACAAGCUGAGGCUCGAGCCAAGAUGCAGGCGUCCAACCCCGCCAACUUUGGGCCCAAAAAGUACUGUCUGAGGGAGUGUAUCUGUGAGGUGGAGGGCCAGGUGCCAUGUCCUGGCAGCACGCCGCUGCCCAAGGAGAUGACGGGCAAAUAUCGUGCCCAGAUGGCAGCAUCACAUGAGUGAGAAGUGGACAAUACGGCACUGUUGAUAUUGUAAGAUUACAUAUAAGGACUACCGCAUUGCAUAUUUUGUUGUAAAUUCAUGUAACUAAAUGGGUCCCACUGAUGCUGUGCAUUGUGAGAACGCCACUGGCUGGACUGAGACCCUCCAGUCCACAUGAGUAGCAGAAACUUACCAAAACAUGACUAGCUUGUUGUCACACCCGGUGUUUUUAUGUGAUGGGGUUGAAAAAUCCACACAUCAGGAUUCAAUUUACAUCAAGCAGUGUCAACACUGCAAUCUAAACAAAUAAAAAUGAUUUGCCUGUG